AUGACGAAAAAGUCGUACGAUAAAUGUUUUGAAAAUAUGGAUACCUCGUUAAGUCCCGCGCCCAAUGCGUAUCACCUGGCUCCAACGAUCGGUAUUCCAAAGAAAACUGACCAAAGUUUUUGGCAAUCCCCUGCAUUCUCUCUGAGAGGCCAAAUCGAUUUUCCAAUUUACGUUUCGAGCCCCGGACCGGUGUACAAAGUGGACCAAAUCACGCGGCACGGUCGAUUCACGAAUACCAAGGUUAAGAUUGGAUUGAUACUCGAUAAAAAUGACUACGGGCAGAGUCCAGGACCAGCUGCCUACUUGCCGUGCUUUCCGAAUUUGAAACGAGCGCCAACUCCAAAGUUGUUGUUACCUUUAACAUCCCUGACAGACAGAGAGAGAAAUAUUGGUCCGUCACCCAAUGCGUACUCGUUACGCGACGAGCAUCGGUCGUCGAUCAAGAGUAGGCGAAAAGGAUACACAAUGUGA